AUGAAGCACGUGGGUCGAUAUUUGACCGAAUCAGAACGCGGAAAUAUUCUAAAGCUGUAUGAAGAAGGGGAAAAUGUUGAAGAAAUCGCAAAGUAUUUUGGACGAAGUGAAGCUACUGUACGAAGAAUAAUUGCUGGUACUUGGCGACCAAAAAGAUACUCGGGCGAUUGUUCUAAAGGGAUCUUGGAAGAUAAGUACUUAGUUCUCAAAGUGAAAGCCAAUAGAUUGAAGAACUUGAAAAAGCUACAACCAGCUAAAUUGGACUCCUGUGAUGCCAGCGUGCAAAGUCGAAGUUCAGCAUCCAAUAGCAAUAGGUCAUCAAACAAAUCAACAGACAUUUCAAAUAUUUAUCCUCCGAAAUUGAGAGGGAUUCCUGGACAGAUUAACAAAGUCUUCUCAAAAGAAGUAUUGCUGUGCUCUCAUGGCUCUGUUAUAUCCGUUCAUGACUUCAUAAAAUUCCUAUGUUCUAAAGAGACAUCCUCCAGCUGUGAAAUUUGGUAA